CAUAUGAACUUCUUUUUACACUGCACACGAGGUUUAUGAAUGAAGUCUGAUCGCAAGAAGAAUUUAAGUGAAAAUAAGGUUUGUGGAUAAAAGCAUAGACAAUGGCAGACACCAAUGAGAUGACAAUCAACCUUGUUGUCCUUGGAAAAACUCAGACUGGUAAGAGUGCUGCUGGGAACAGCCUGCUGGGCAGCUCAGACUUUGAGAGCCGUGGCUCCCCAAGCUCUGUGACUACAUGCUGUAGCCUUGGACGCAGCUGCCUUACUUCAGGGAUAACGCGAAGAAAUGGCUGUGAGCUGGCUCUCCGCGUUCGAGUACUUGACACUCCAGGCUACCCUCACACUGCUCUGAGCAAGGAGCAGGUGAGAGACAUGGUGGGAUCAGCCCUGGCACACCACUUCGGGGAGGAAGGCCUGCACCUGGCUCUCUUGGUCCUGCGGGCUGACUUGCCUCUGUGUCCGGAUGAAAGUGAUGAUGCAGUUCAGUUCAUCCAGAAACUUCUGGGUCCCACAUGGAAGGAUUUCACUGCAGUUUUACUUACUCAUGCAGACAAGGCAGAAGAAGCUGGAUGCAGUGAAGAAACAUACUUGCACAGUGCCUCAAGUACCCUGUUGUCACUUUUGAGCUCAGUACAGCAUAAAUACAUUUUCCUAGACAACCAGAGGACCAUAAUUAAAGAGGAAAGAACCACUGUCCUAAGAAAGCUCUUGAAUUUUGUAAGACAAAAUAAUUAUCAAGUGCUUUCACUUAAAACACAGCAAGGAAUAAAAUAAGCUUUCAGGUG